CGCGGGAGCGACAGGACGGGCAGAGGUCGGUCCCGAACCUACUAGAACGAACCAUUCCAAUAUGAAGGGGUGGGCAAAGAACUCUUGUUAGAAAAUUAGGAAAAGGAGGAGUGCUUCCCAGUUGGCUCUUGCAACGAUAGUUACUAUAGAGCAUUUAAAUGAGAAUAGAAAUCUUUAAUAUUCCUCAAGAGGAGAGGUCAGGUAACUUUUCCUCUGCACCUUCCCCCACAAGCGUCCGUGGUGCUGCCGCCGCUCCGGCGCCACCGUGGUGCUGGUCGCCGUGGACGGAAGCUGACGGGGAUCAACUCAAGUCAUGCAGGUUGUAAGAAACGCGGGUUCUCGGCUCUUGCAGUCAUGGGCAUGGCCACCGAAGACCAGGAUCGUGGCUGGACUGCCGGCCUCCACCAUCCACAGGAGCGCCCCUCAUUUGCAAGACGCGGCGGCCAAGCUGGACAUUGAGGACAAGGAGGAGGCUCGGACUCCGAGCCACAGCAGCUUCAGCAUUUACCCUCCAAUUCCAGGACAAGAGAACUCUCUGAGGUGGGCAGGAAAGAAAUUUGAGGAGAUCCCCAUCGCACACAUUAAAGCAUCCUACAACAACACACAGAUCCAGGUGGUCUCUGCUGCUCACCAGCCCCUUGCGCACGCUUCCUGUGGCACAGAGGGCUUUCGGAAUGCCAAGAAGGGCACGGGCAUUGCAGCACAAACGGCUGGCAUAGCUGCUGCAGCGUUCUCUCUCAGGAGCGCUGACCACUUGCUGCUCCUCUCCAGAAAGCUACAGGGAAAGGUGUGACCCACGUCCGAGUUGUGGUGAAAGGCCUGGGGCCAGGGCGCUUGUCUGCCAUCAAGGGCCUGACCAUGGGGGGCCUGGAAGUGAUCUCAAUCACAGACAACACCCCCAUCCCACACAACGGAUGCCGCCCCAGGAAGGCUCGGAGGCUAUGAUUCAGGAAGCCUGCACUGAACCUGACCUCCAGUCCCCCUCCAGCUGGACUUCGUAGAAAGCAUGCUGUCAGAGCUCUCCAGGGAGGGCUUGUCAGAGACCCUUCAGGCAGUAGGGGGAGCUCUACCUCCUUCCAGGUGGCCUUUGCUUGCUCCUUCCACUGGAGAGCCACGUGCCCAGAAGUGAGGCCACACCCUUCUUGGACAUGAAGGGGCUGCAAGGGCCAUAACUGCUCCCUCUGCUUAGAGAAAAUAAAAAUCUCUACCGUCUGUAGUAA